UACGUAAUUAUUACUACGUAUGCAGAAUUAAUAGCAUUACUUCGAAUAAGAAUUUAUUUUAGUCUUUUCACGUCAUUUUCGUACAACACGGAAUACAUAUAAUGUGAAAUAUAAUUCCCGCGUUACAAGUAAAAAUAAUCCCUUAUAUAAACGUGUACAUAGAUAUAUAUUUUAUAUGUGUACACCUUAUAACCUAAUGUUUUGCGCAGAGUAUACGCAUGGCGAUGUGUCCCUUUGAUGCGGCGUUUCGUUUGAUCAAUAUACAAUAUAUAAAAAAUUUGUAUCAUGCUAUUAACUAGAAGCGUAAGAAGAAGCAGUCUUUCAAGAAUUUUAUCGUAUGAUUUAGCAUCAAAGAUUAUAAACAGAUGUUUAACGCAAACGAUCGAUGUAAAGUAUUCGAAAAGUAUAGGUUAUCUUGUAUUGCACUCUAAAAAGUAUACAAAUAAAAAUAAUGAAGUAAAGACAUUAAGUUAUAAAUUAAUAGCUUAUUUUAGCUCAAAUAAUAGUACCGGAUUUUCAAUUGCAGAAGAACUAACACCUGUACAAUUUGAAAAAGUUUCUGAUGAAACACUUGACUCUUUAACGGAAUAUUUUGAUGAAAUAAUAGAGCAAGCAACACAUUUAUCAGAUGCAGAUGUAUCGUAUGGGGAUGGAGUAUUAACUAUUAAGUUUGGUAAUUCCCAUGGUACAUAUGUUAUAAAUCGUCAGACUCCAAAUAAACAAAUUUGGUUAUCUUCUCCAAAGUCUGGUCCAAAGCGAUAUGAUUUUGUAAAUGGUAGAUGGAUCUAUAAACAUGAUGGAAAAACAUUACACGAAUUACUUAAUGAUGAAAUACCAGCGAUUAUAAGGGGCCAAACGAACUUUAACAAAUGUUCCUUUAGUGGCAAAGAAAGAGAAGCAACAAUAAAAUCUCUUUAG